AUGAACGUGCAGUCGCUCUCCCUGGGCUCCCAUACCGGCACGCACAUCGACGCCCCGUCUCACUUUGUCGCAUCUGGAAAAUGCGUCGACGAGGUCCCGCUUCGCCAGUUCAUCGGGCCCGCGCUCGUCAUUGACGUCUCAGGCAAGGCCAAUCGAGAGAAGAUUACGUGGGCCGACCUGGCGCCAUUCGAGGAGGAAAUGCGCCAUCGGGCCGCCCAGGAUGACGGCCUCAUCCUGCUGCUGUAUACUGGCUGGGCGAAGCACUGGGGCACGGCAACGUACUUUGAUCAUCCUUUCAUCGUGCACGACGCUGCUGUCAAGAUGGUUGAAGCAGGCAUCAGGACCAUCGGCGUCGAUACCCUCAGCCCAGAUGAGACGUUCCUCGAUCCCGAGAUGCACAGUAGCUUCGACGCGCAUCACGUCCUGUUGGGUGCCGGAUGUGUGAUUGCGGAGAACCUGACUAGCGUAGAACGCCUGUUGGGCGGGGAAUGGGUUGUUAAUUUGGUCCCGCUGAAGAUUGGCGGGUGCGAUGGUUCGCCUGUGCGUGCUUUUGCAUACCGCCGCAUGUGA